GUUCCUCACUCAGUCGCCGCGCAGAUCACCCCGGGGGCGGACCUACGCAUUCUAUAUAGUACUCCCGGGCUGGCUGCGCUCUCUACACCGCUCGAGAUCCACAGGAAAGCCGUCAUUUCAGCAUCACUAUAGUGACGAAUUCAAGUCAGAUUAAGCAACGCCGAAGUCUGAUCAACGUAUACAUCAUGGUCUUGUAGUGAAUGUUACUGAUUGUAGAUAGACAGAACGCAGUCAAAAUGUGAAGGACUGGGAAAAAAAAUGGCUUAAAAGAACAGUUCCCAAACCAGAUGACAUCAAGUGUGUGAAGUGAUCCUUGAGCCGCUGACAACUUGAGAAGACGAAAGAAAAAACACAGAACAUCAAACAUCCAGUUGUCGCGAGACUUACGAGUAGUGUUGUCUCGGGGUGAGGCGUGAGAAACAAGGGCGCAUUUUCGUGACGUGCAUAGGACACUUCAAGGGCACCACGACGCCCUUCUACUGGAGUAUGAGGAGCCGGGAGCCACGAGGAAAUGUUCUGACGGAGGAUGGGUGAAGUGAUGUAGUGUGCGAGGUGCCGAGGCUGUGGUUGUCUUGUUAUCAUGGAUACUGCGGCUCUUGCCUUCCUCCUGUUGCUGCUACGUCUUGUUGGCGCCUCUUCUUCUGCAGAAGGCCCGCCGGUGCUGCGGGAACACCCGAGCAGCGUGGUGGUGCCCCGCAAUGACCCCGCCACUCUCAACUGCGCCGCUUCGGGUGGCGCUCGCAUCAGGUGGUUCCGUGACGGCGAGGAGGUGACCACCUCGCCGCAGGACCCCCGCGCCCACCGAGCGAUACUGCCCUCAGGCUCCCUCUUCUUCCUCCGCGUCACCUCCACCAGGAAAGAAACAGACGCUGGUACCUACUGGUGUGUUGCCGCCAAUAGGUACGGCGCCACGCGCUCCCGCAACGCCACCCUCACCGUGGCCACGCUGGCCACUGACUUCCAGAGCGUGGCGGAGCCUGAAGUGAAGGCUCGCGUGGGCGACACUGUAAGUCUGCCCUGCCGGCCCCCCAGGGGCGUCCCCCGCCCUGAGGUUACCUGGCUAAGGGACGGUCGCCAGGUGAGCGACUCCCGCCGCGUUACCAUCACGGAGGAGGGUGACCUUGUCAUCAGCCAGGCCGUGGACAAAGACUCGGCCGUCUAUGUGUGUCGCGCUCGAAAUGCUGCUGGAUCCCGCCAGUCUACACCCACAGUGCUCUCCAUCAUGACGCCGCCAUGGUUUAAGGAGCACCCUGCCAAUGUGACAACAACUUCGGGCGUGGUGGUGGAGUUGGCGUGCCGGGUGCAGGGGUCUCCCUCCCCCGUAAUAACAUGGCGGAGGAUGGAUGGGAAGAUGCCAAUAGAACGCGCCACACUGGAGGAACAACAGCUGGUGCUGCAGGAAGUGGCGGCCACAGACUCCGGCGUGUACGUGUGUGAGGCAGAGAGCGAGGCGGGCAGGGCCUCUGCGAAGGUCACGCUCACUGUAGUCGACGCUCCCGAGCUGACGCAGCGGCCGCAGCACCUUCAGGUCAUGGCGGGCGAGGACGCGAGAAUCUCGUGCCGCGUGGAGGGCGAGCCGCACCCGAUGGUGGUGUGGCGCCUCCCCACGCUGGACAGGACCGCCCUCCUCGCUCCCGGCCAAAGCAGCGGCCACGCCUCCGUCAGCGAGGACGGGCCACACCCUCCAGCUGCGACAGGCGGCCACCGAGGACAGCGGCACCUACUACUGCUGGGGCGUGAGCAGCGGCGGCGGCGUGAGCGGCUGGGCGGAGAUGGUGGUGGUGUUGCUCUGCCCCCGCCCGUGGUGGGCGUGGGCCCUCAAGACCAGAAGGUGGCCCCCGGGGGCACGGUCACCUUCCGCUGUGAGGUGGUGAGCGAGGCGGCCGAGGCCCGGGUCACCUGGCACUACCGGGCCGCCACGCACCUUCCGGCACGCCCAAUCUCGCAGGGCACCGACCCUCGCUUCUCGCUGCCUGACAACGGCGCUCUCAUCAUCAAGGACGUGCGUCCGGACGACGCCGGCGUUUAUUCCUGCCAUGUGGAGGCGUCGACGGGCAGCGCGGAGCAGAGUGCUGCGCUGCGCGUGUCUGAGGACGCAGGGGACAGCGAGCCGCUGCCGCUGCUGCCGGCGCCGCCCACCAAGCCUCGGGUGGUGGACGUGAACCAGUCGGCUGUGCAGUUGAGCUGGCUGCCUAACUCGCAGGAGGGCGGGGAGUGGGCACAGUGGUACUCCGUGGAGUACUGGCGCCGCGGCUGGCCGGAGUGGCGUGUGGCCGACGCUGUCACCACGCAGGAGUCGUGCGUGGUGGACCAGCUAGCCCCCGGACACACCUACACCUUCCUGGUGCGCGCCGUGAGCAGCCGCGGCGCCUCCUUCCCAAGUCCUUGGUCCGAGCCCGUCACCGCCAGGCCGCGCCGCGAGUCAGGCCUUGAUGCAGACCAGCUGCGACAGGCCCGCCGCCGCCUCUCCCGGCCCGUGGUCGCCCUCAGCGGGGCCUUGGCCACCGCCCCCGACAGUGUGCUGCUCAAAUGGGAGUUCCUGUCACCGGCGGAGGGCGCGGUGGAGGGCGUGCUGGUGUACUCUGUGAGGGAGGGCGGAGGCGUGCAGGUGGCCACCGUGCUCGGCACUUCCUCCUCCUCCCACGUGGCGCACGACCUGCAGCCCUUCACGCCCUACACCUUCUUCGUGGUGCCCUUCUGGCGCAGCGUUGAAGGCACGCCCUCCAAUUCUUACUCGCUCACCACUCCCGAGGACGUGCCACUGGAGGCGCCCAGCGACGUGCGCGUGGCGCGACGCCAGGAGGGCUCGAUCCUCAUCCAAUGGACGGACGUGGAGGGCGCGGCGGUGCGGGGACGGCUGCAGGGCUACCGCGUGACGCUGAGCCACAACGGCAGCCACAGCACUCAGACGGUGGCGUCGCCCUGGCUGAUGGCGACCGGCCUCCUGCCAGGUCGCCUCUACACCGUGAGGGUGGCGGCCCUCAACGGGGCAGGGCCGGGGCCCUCCAGCGACCCCGUGCUGCUUGACACCCGCAGUACCGACGAGGCCCUGGCAGCGGAGGAAGGUGGUUCUGUGCUGUACGCUCCUCCGCAGCCUGCCUGGCUGGCCUACCUGCUGGUGCCGCUAGUGGUGGUGCUGUUCCUGGUCACGUUGUGGUACGUGAGAAGGCUACGGCAUAAGGCACCGCCUUCGAAUCCGCCCCACGCUCCCUCCCUGUAUGAGGACCCGUCCCUCUGUCCCGACCACCACUCCCUCAACCUGUACAGUGAGCACAAACUAUGGCGGCCAACAGAAAACGAGAAGAACGCCAGCUUAUCUUCCAAACGGCUUCUGCGACCAGACCAACUUGCCAAUGAGUACGCAGAGCCGCGCGUGCAGCUGAUCAACGAUGCCACGGAGCCCUACGCCACCACGGCCCUGCUGGCGCCUCACUCACCCAUUCUCAAGCAGGGCACGCCCUGGCGACACCACAGCGACGACUCUGGAGUACAGGUCAACUGGGCCGCCAUCCUGCCUCCGCCUCCCUCAUGUCCGCCUCCACUUGAUCUAGGUGAUUUCUCAUCAUGCUGCCAUCAGUAUAGGGCUCCUAGGCAUUACACCUCCACCAACCAUGACCAGUCGGACGAGGCUCACUAUGAGCAUCCUGAGCCGCGGCGACCCUACAUCCGGGUGACGCUCCGAGACCGUCCCACAGACUUGGUUACAUUCAGCUCGCUGGACAGCCGCAGUUCCAUUAGGUCUUCAAUAUGCAGCUCCCACACUCCACACCCAGCGCCGCCGCGCCACACCAAUACUAGAUAGUUCCACCGCGCCACGCCACCACACCCUUCACGAUCUUUGAAAGGCAACAAGGUCCUGCGGGUACAGGAGGGGAUGGUGGUGAGCGUCUCCGCAGGGCAUACGAGCCUGGGGCCUCCCACCUCGCAUCCAACAGCAGCCCGUGGCCCGGGGCAGGACUACCUACACCCUGCUGUGAGGCACCACACAGGCAGCUGUUGAUGCAACUAGUCAUUAUGAGUGUAUAUAUGUAGAUAGCAAUAUUAUUUUUAUUAAAAAUAUUUUUCAUAACAAACCAA